GUGCGUAAGAGCAGCGGGCGCAUGCGUGAAGAGGAAGAGCCGUGAGUCUCUCCAAAAUGGCGAUGACCAUAGAGAGUGGCAAUGCAGGAGCUGCAAAUAAGAAAAAACACCUCGGAAUCCCCGAAGCAAUAUUUGUGGAAGAUGUGGAUGCCUUCAUGAAGCAGCCGGGCAAUGACACAGCAGACGCCGUGCUGAGGAAGCUGGAUGAACAGUAUCAGAAAUAUAAAUAUAUGGAGCUCAAUCUGGCUCAGAAGAAACUCAGGUUGAAAAGCCAGAUCCCACAAAUCAAACAAACUUUAGAAAUCCUAAGGCACAUGCAGAAAAAGAAGGACACUACAGAUCCCAUGGAGACACAUUUUCUGUUGGCUGAUAACGUCUAUUGCAAAGCCUCUGUCCCACCCACAGAUAAAGUGUGUUUGUGGCUUGGGGCUAAUGUCAUGUUGGAGUAUGAUAUUGAUGAGGCCCAGGCGCUGUUGGAAAAAAACUUUGCUACAGCUUCCCGGAAUCUGGACUCUCUGGAAGAGGACCUGGACUUCCUUAGAGACCAGUUCACAACCACCGAAGUCAAUAUGGCACGUGUUUACAAUUGGGAUGUCAAGAGAAGGAGCAAAGACAACCUCCUCAAAUCUGCAGAGCGGUCCUAGAAGAGGAGGCCUAGUUUGGUCCCACCCCACCUGAAUUCCUUUCCCAUCAGAAAAUUCACCCCAUGUAUCUGUUUGCACCAACACCAACUGUUAUCUAUUGAUUUAUUACUUUUUAAAGUAUUUUUUCAAGUAAAAA